CGCUGUUUGAACGCAGCCAUGGCGGCCGGUGCGGCGGCGCUGCCCGAGGAAUGGCGGCUCUACCUCCUGCCGAUCCGCACCGCCACCUUCCGCAGCUGGCCCUUCACCGAGGGCUGCGCCUGCACGCCAGAGCGGAUGGCGGCGGCGGGUUUCAUCCACUGCCCCAGCGAAAACAGCCCCGACGUAGCGCAGUGCUUCUUCUGCUUCAAGGAGCUGGAGGGCUGGGAGCCCGACGACGACCCCCUGUUGGAACACAAAAAACACUCCGCGGGCUGCGCUUUUCUUUCCCUUCAGAAAGAUCCUACUGACCUGACACUGCAGGAGUUUCUGAAACUGGACAAAAAAAGAAUGAAAAAUGCAAUUAAAAAAGGCAUUUCUCAGAAGGUGACUGAGGUUGAAGAUGCAGCCAAGAAUGUGCGUCAUGAGAUAGAGAACAUGGCCCCUUAGGCUGCUGCAGCUUCUCACUUGCCGGUGACAUCUGCCUUGUGUGUCUGCUCUGGCACUGCCACUUCAGCUGAAUGGCUGUGUUUCCUGGAACUGAACUCUACUUUACUCACCUCAGUCUGUCCAAGAAGUACCUAGGGUUUGAUGCACUGCAUACAUCAUCUUUUCUGCAGGGAUUUUCCUAUUCUUCCUGUUGAUUUAGUUAAGGAUUGCUACUUGUGGUUUUAUUUGUUUGGUUGCGUUUAUUUUUCCCUUUAAACCUAUCUGUUUCCAUUUUGGAGAUGCUGGUAUCUCUGGUGCAACAACUUGUGUUCCUUCCAGGAGCUGGCAGGUACUGUCAUUUUUAUACUGAAUAUAUACCAAUGUCUUUGGAUACUUUUGGAAAGAAAAAGGGGGAAGGAGCUUUAAAACUCCUUCAGGGAUUUAGGAUUGUGGGUAAUGUGUAUUUAUACCAAAUCUUAGCAUGCUUGGUAUCCUUGUAAACUUGUGUUUGUAAUUAGCUGCUGCCUCAUGUCGAUGCAUUUAUAAAUAAAAGUUAAAGGCAAAACAGCAAA